AUGAGCUGCUUGCUACAGAAAGCCAUCAGACCAAUAUGGUCUGUCAAAGAACUGCACAAGUCUGCAGUUGAGGUCUUGAAGCAGCCCUCCCCUGAGGACACGGUGACGGCGAGUUUUGGAAAGUUCAUCAGUGAAGUAAAGCCUCAGCACUUGUCGUCUGUAGUCCUUCAUCGCAGUAAGAGGAUGGUGCUGGACAGUAUCGGAGUCGGGCUCCUUGGCAGCACAACAGAUGUUUUUCGACUGGCACUGCAGCACUCCCAGCUCCUGUACGCCCAUCAUGACGUCAGCUCUGUCUACGGACCCGAGGGCACCAAGCUCUCGCCAACACUGGCGGCUUUUGUCAACGGAGUGGCGACUCACUCCAUGGACUUUGAUGAUACAUGGCACCCCGCCACUCAUCCCUCCGGAGCAGUGCUCCCCGCUGUGCUGGCUGUCAGCGACAUGAUGCCCGCCAAUGGCAAGCCCAGUGGUCUGCACUUCCUGCUGGCUUUCAACGUCGGCAUUGAGAUCCAGGGCCGACUCAUGAGGUUCUCUAAUGAGGCUCAUAACAUCCCCAAGCGGUUUCACCCUCCCAGCGUGGUGGGGACAAUGGGAAGUGCAGCAGCUUGCGCUUGCCUCUUGUCACUGAGUCCGUCGCAGUGCAGUCACGCCUUGGCCAUCGCUGCUUCUCUCUCUGGGGCGCCGAUGGCUAACGCUGCAACUCAGUCCAAGCCCAUGCACAUUGGCAAUGCCUCCCGCUUGGGGCUGGAGGCAGCUGUACUGGCCUCUCAAGGACUUGAGGCAAGUCAGCUAGUCCUGGAUGCUGUCGAAGGGGUUGCUGGUUUCAGUGCUUUCUUCAAAGACUAUGCGCCGCAGCAUUUGGGUUCACCCAACCAUGGUGACCAUGUGUUCUUGAUAGAAGAGCAGGAUAUAGCCUUUAAACGCUUUCCCGCACAUCUGGGCAUGCACUGGGUGGCAGAUGCCGCAGCCUCGGUGCACAAGAACCUCGUGGGUUUCGGUCCUGGAAAGGUGACCCCGGCUCACAUUCAGGCCGUCCUGCUCAGAGUUCCUGACUCCAAAUACAUCAACAGGCCUUUCCCAGAGUCGGACCACCAGGCCCGCCAUUCUUUCCAGUUCAACGCUUGCAGUGCUCUCCUGGACGGCGAGGUGACCGUGCAGUCCUUCAGCCCGGAAGCCAUGUCUCGUCCUGAGCUCCUCCAGUUACUGAGACGUGUCCGUGUGGAGCAUCCCGACGACAACCCAGCCAAUUUCAAUCACAUGUAUGGUGAAGUCCAAGUAGCGCUUGUUGGGGGAGACGUCCUGAGAGGGCGCUGCGAUACAUUCUACGGUCACUGGCGCAAACCACUGACCAACGAGAGCCUGAGAAAGAAGUUCAGGAAUAAUGCGGGUGCUGUGCUUCCUACAGAUAAAGUUGAGAGACUAAUUCAAAUGAUAGAAGACAUGGACAAACUCAACGACUGUACCCCUCUUCUCUCACAACUCCAGUAA